AUGCAAUAUAGGUCAAUUAUAUGUCAGAAUAAAAAGAAAGCAAUUGUGCCGUUUGUUGCUGGUAGUACAGUUGAAGGUCAAUUUUUUUCAAGUCAUUUUCAAGGUAAAGUUUUUCAAGAUUUUGAUGUGAUGAGCUGUAUAGGGGAAAUUAAUGAUGAAAAUCAGCUAAUACCAAUUUUGAAUCAGCCAGGUUAUGUUCGAAUAUUAGCGAACAGCAAUAAUCAUACUGAUACAUUACCGGUUUCAUAUCUACUAAAUGACAAUCGUCCAUACAUUAACGGAUGGAAAAUAAAAGUUGAAGAAAUAGCAAAAACACUUCAAUCACCAUUCUUAAAUAUUGAAAAAUUCGUUGUUGAUAAAGCAAGUAUUGAAUUUAUUAUUAAAAAUUCAUAUUUUCUUACAAAUGCAAAUGAAUUUCAAAAUGCAUUAAAUGAUUUUCAAAUAUACCAUAAAAAUGUAUUAUCAAAACAAGAUACUCAAAAUACAUUAAAUGAAAAAUAUAAACUUAUGUGUGAUUAUUACAAAAGAAACAUGUUAGGAUAUAUAGAUAUGCUUGAAACAGUUUUUGACAAUAUGCCUUAUGAUAAACCAUUUAUUUUUCCUUAUGAUGGUAAUGCAGGUAAGUAA